UGAAGGUACUGUUGGUGUCUUUCACUGUUUAUCCAGUGCUGCGAAAAAAAAUCCACACCUUAUACGGAUGGUGAAGCUGAAAUCCUGGGCAAAAAGUACGAGUGUUUUGGGAAUCAGCUAUGAUUUGUUCAGGAUUCUCACAGGAGAAGAUGGAGAGGGUUAUGCCAAAGAGCUUAGAGAAAUACUCCUAAAGUUUCCUGAUCUGCUGGUCCUUGAAGAGGGGCACACUGCUCGGAAUGAGCACAGCCUUGUGUGGAAAGCACUGAAGAAGGUUGAAACAGAGAAGCGCAUACUUCUUUCUGGAACUCCGUUCCAGAAUAACAUCAAAGAGCUGUACAACACUCUCUCUGUAGUUAGUCCAAAGUUUGCUUCUGAUUUGGAGCAGAAAUGGGCUUCUCUUAGCAAUUCAAUUGACAAGAAUGCCCGAGCAUUGGAAGAGCUUAGGGAUAUUAUUUCACCCCUUGUCCAUAAAUGUAGCGAAAAUGUAAAGAAGGUAAGCCUUCCAGGUAUACGGGAUACAGUAAUACAUUUGAAACCCACAGACUUGCAGAAGGAGUUGCUUAAAAGAGUUCCAGAGAAUCCGGGAUCCUUUUAUGAACAAAAUCUGAUGUCUCUGAUCUCUGUUCAUCCUUCAUUAGUGGCAAAUAGGAAGGAGUUCUCUGAGUUAGAAAGUCAGCUCAAGGAAAGAAGAUGUCGGUUGGAUCCUGAUAUUGGGGUAAAAAUGAAAUUUGUUAUUGAACUGAUCAGACUAUGUGGUGGGUGGAAGGAGAGGGUUAUAAUAUUUAGCCAGUUACUUGAUCCUCUAAACCUGAUCAAGGAGCAGCUCAAUUCUCUCUUUAGCUGGACUUUAGGCCGAGAGAUUCUCUAUAUGGAUGGGAAACUUGAUGUAAAGCAGCGGCAGAUAUCAAUAAAUUCUCUUAAUGACCCUAAGAGUGAUGUCAAAGUGCUUCUUGCAUCGACAAAAGCCUGCUCAGAAGGGAUAAGUCUAAUAGGGGCCUCAAGAGUGGUUUUGCUUGACGUUCUCUGGAAUCCCUCGGUAGAACAGCAAGCCAUCAGUCGAGCCUACAGGAAUGGUCAGACAAAAUUUGUUCAUGUCUACUGUCCAGUGACAUCGAAAUGGGAGGUUGACAAGAUCGAACAACAAACAAGAAAGAAAUAUCAUUCAGAUGUACUUCUGUCCAGGAAUGAAGAGAACACUUCAUGUUCUGUGUCAGAGGAUAACAUACUUGAAUCCAUGGUUAAGCAUGAGGGUCUCCGUCAUAUUUUUGAAAAGCUAUCUCAUGCACCUCGUGUGGUGCCUACUACAUGCUUUAAUUCUGGUUGCCAACCUUCAAAAGGGAGUAGUUAGGUACAUGAGGCAGUCAGUCUUGUUUAGUGUAUUUUGUUAACUUGCUAG